AUGGCCCCUUCUCUCAACACCCACUCUUCCUUUACGCGCCCUCGCACCGGCGACCGCGAGGGCCGUCCGACGACCAGAGACCAGGGCGACAAUAACCUGAUCAUUCCGAGCCGCACGUCGUCGCUUCACUCUCGCAUCACCCAGCCGAUUCCCUCGACGCUCAAUGUCAAACCUCAGCAGCGCACGCCGAAGACGCUUACACAUGCCUAUAUGGUCUGCGGUGUUGGCCGGGAGCCGUCUCAAUGGGUUAAGGCCCCGCCCCCUGCCCAGGGCAAGAUUGGUCAUAUGAAGGGAGCUGUCGGCCAAUUUUGGCUGCCGGAGAUUCUGGGUAGCAGUCCCAGGCUUGAGCAGGACAACGAGAUCGCCAGAUCGCUUCAUGCUGCCAUGAGGGCCUGCUUCCCCCACGACGUCGAGAUUUGCACCGGACGAAGCCAACCCCAUUGCGUUCAUCAUGCUUUCGUGCUCCAGCAGGAUUCCUCCCACACACUCUAUGGCAUCUGCCUACGCGUCUGGUCUCGCGCCGACGAGAAGCGGGCGGAGACGAUUCGGGACCUGAGGAAGAGGACGGAACCUGACUUUUACGACAAUCCCGAAGAGACAUAUUGGAUCCCCUACUGCCUCUCUUUCCUGUCCCGGUACCCGCUGUACAACCUGCUGGGUGACUACUUGAGGGGCAUGUGGAUUCACUGGAACAAGGCAACCAAUCUGUUCCAUGCCGAGGAGGUUUCCCGUAUUCUCAGCUUCCCCGCCCCGCGGCUCAACGACCUUGUCCGGAUCGACAUGAAGGACUACGCGUUGUGUUACCAAUUCCCCUCUUCGCCGACGGGUUUCCAGAACUUUGCCAUGUGGCCCUUGUUCUGCUGCCUUUCGAUCCCCAACAUUGUGGGCGUCGUCGAGGCAGCCAUCUCCCCGACGCGCCGUAUCAUCCUCGUCAGCCACUACCCUGCGAUGCUUACCAUGGCGGCCGAGACGGUCAGAUACUGUGUGAGGGUGUACGAGUGGAGUGGCCUCUACGUCCCGGUCGUUCAUGCCCGUCAUGCCAAGGAACUGGUUCAGGAACCCGGCCCUUACAUACUCGGCAUCACCGCCGAAUGCCGAUCGCUCUUCACAGCACCCACUGAUGCCUUGGUCGUGGACUUGGACCGCAACUUUGUGCUCACCUCGAGCCCUCCAACGGCACUGAAUCCGGGUCAGCGCAACAAGUUCGUCACCCGUCUGACACAGGCUCUCAAUGGCGACGUCACGCCGUCCGGCGUCCCCCAACAUCUCCGCUCCGCCUACGGUGGAGGCAAGUUGAUCCCCGCCGGGCAGAUCAUUGUCAUGCGUGGCGAGGUCGAGUCGAUCCAGGAUCCGGAGUGGUGGAACCAGGACGCCGUCAUGACCGUCAUGGAUCACGUCUGCGAGAAGAUGGGCCGCAACACGGGCCUCAAGGCCGUCUUCGGGGGAGCGGUCAAGAAGCCGCUCAUGACGAAGGUGUCUAUGAGGCAUCUGAAUGAGAUUGUUCGCGAGAGGAACCAGUACUCUCGCGACGCACUGGAGGCCUGGCAAGAUUUUAUCAACCUGAAGGGUCGCAUGGAUACCGAGCUCAACAAGGUCACCAAGCGGAACAACUAUCUGGUUGAGGAGCUUGAGAGCUGGAAGCAACAGUUCCUGAAAUUCCAAGCCUUUGCCGAACAGCUCACGAAGGAAACACAGGACCUGAAGUCGAAGAUUGAGAAUCACAAGAGGGAGAACAGGCGGCUGGCUGGCCUGCUUGACCAGCAGAAGGACGACAAUGCCCGGCUUACCGUACGCCUGGGCGGCACUGAGAAGCAGCGUGACGAUGCGCUUGAGGCACUUGUGCUCCAGCAGGAGAUUGCCGAGGAGCUGGAGCGCGAGCGCAAGCGUAACAAGAAGGAGCUCGCUGCGCUGCAGCAUACCAACGCAACUAUCAUGCGGCAGCGGGACGAAGCGCGUCGCGUUGUGCUCCACCUGCGCAGCCUCAUUGGCGGACAAAGCCACCACAUGGAGCACCUCGUCCGCUCUCUUACCAAGCCGGACGAGCUCAUCUCGGAGAUCGAAACCGGCUUCGAGCACGACGAGGGCGGCGAGCAGGACGGCCCCACACCCAACGAGGGUCUCUCCCCAGAAGCCCAAGCCAAUCUCCGGAGCGCCGCUCUGGCCAACAAGCGCAUGUCGGCGUCUAGUUUCAUCGACGUGGCCGAUCGUCAUCUCAAGGACAAGACGGACGCCAUUGCGCACAUCAUCCGGAACAUUGCCGAGCAGUGCCAGGCUGCCGUGGAGGGCCUGCAGCUCGCGCAGGACGCCGAGAUCGACGAGCGUGCGAGGCGAGCGGCGGCGCACCGCCGGCACAGCAACCUGUCGAUGGCGCACAGCGACGACGGCAACGACACUCUCUCCAACGCCGCGUCGGAGGUUGGCGAUGACAGCUUGCUCCACCCCACCUCGGGGCGCGCGUCGAGCAUCCCCCCCACACCGGACCUGGUGCCGAACCGGAGCAGCACGGCCAUGUCUUUCGCCUCGACGGCCACGACGCCCGAGCGGUCGAGCCAGCAGUUCAUGAUCCGCGAGGACAUCCCCACCAAGAUCGUGGAGGACGACGAGGACGACCUGGAGGAAGGCCGCAGCGAGUCGGAAACGAUUCCCCAGGAGCACGGCCUGGUCGGCAAGCAUGCCGAGAGCUUGAUCCACAGGCCCUCUGGGGCUAGGAUUAGCGCCUUGGGCGGUUCCCGCUGA